CGCGGUCGAGCAGACGUGAAUUUGACUGCUGUAGAGGUCGGACACCUGAGACAUUUCAACUAGUUCCGGCGCGUCCAGUUCCUUUGCUCAUAUGGUCAAUGAAUUGUCAUAUCCGUCAGCCAGUACAGUAGAGCGUUCUUCAUGCCCUAUACCGAAAACCAACAAGGGCGGACACAGCAAGGGUUUUCAACAUUCAGGUGGACGAGAGUGUUCGAAGUUGUCUUAGAAAAAGCCUGUCGCGUCGGCUUUCAAUACUGAGAAGCCGAAUGGAUUCGCACCUGCCAUCUUUUGUCAGCUGCAGCCUUCCAGGGCAAAUACAAGUGAAAGCAGAAGGCUCCAACACGCUCUCUCAACAUGCUAGAAAGCACUGUCCUCUCGAAGGCGUCCUCUUUGCUCGACAUGAUCAGAUGCGCUUGCUCCCAUCCUUGACUUCGUCACUACAACAAUAUCUUCUCAGCGUCAAAUCAAAUCACAACCAAACAUCCUUCAUCAUGUGCAGCAAGAGAGUCACUCGCUAUGUCUCGUGUCCCUACCGCUACAACCUUGUGACCGAAGAGAAGCUCUGCCUCAAGAGAGGAGUCAUCGCGCCAUGUCUUGAGUGGAAGUGGCUCAUCAUGAACGAGCUUCCCACCGAAGGACCCUGCCCUUGCGCCGAUUGUGAGGUUCUGAGACGCAAUCAAGCCAUACAGGCUGGUGGCUCUGAGGGCAAAGCAUACUCCAAGGACAACUCCCAGUGAAAGAUUCCAGGAUAAACUGCCGAAUGUCCUAUCGAGAAGUCACUCAUCAGCACGAUAACAGUCACCAGUAUGGUCGGAAAAGCCGAAAUUGAAUCGGGAGUGGUCAAGAAAAGCUUGUGCAGUUGCAAUGCCGGAUAGGAGGCUGUUCUUUA